UCAUUUGGUUCUUAUUAUCUUGACCGAAGAACCUUCUAGUGCCAGAAGGUGAUGCAACUUCGUCAUUGAAGUCGUCAUUAGGCACACCUGUAAUGAGGUGAUCAUUGGCAUGUGACUCACUGGCUCUGUCACUUCCACGUGAGGAAAUUUCACACCUGUUGGCCAAUCUGGCGUCACCUGCUUGGCUUCAAAAAGGUAGACAUGUGCUGCAGCCUACACAGACGGCAUCUGCGUUUCUCGGCGUCUUCUCUGCACUCGCACAGGCUUCUCCGGCCAGGGAUUCAGUUCGAGGCUUCGCGAACACCCUCGACGAGCGUUCGAACCCCGAGAUUCGAACCCAGAUUUUUGCACGCUAUAGGUUCUCGUUUGCCCCUUGCCUACGAUAGCUUCGGGAGCGAUGAAGACCAAAGAUCGGAUAAGAUCGCUAUCAGGAACGGAUCGUGUGCGCGCCGCCAAAUACAGUUCCCACGGUCAUGCACGCAUCGCCACCACGUGCUGCUGCGCCCGCCGGGUUUUUCUCGCUGCAGGUCCAGGACGCCCCCGAGCUCCCCCGCCCCCCCAGCAGGGAGGACGAUGCCCAAGUUCCAGAAGUAUGCCAAAACGGCCUCGCAGGGCGGCGCGGGCGCAGGAGGGCCCCGCGGCUCGCCCCCGUCGCCGCCCCUCAGGACGCGCACGAGCCAUCGCCUGGCGAUCUCGUCUGCUGCGGCUGCUUCUGCGACCGCCACUUUAAGCAGCUCCGUCAACUUCUCCAGCAACACGGUAUUGAAGAUGACGCAGUGCAAGCCCUCCGUCCACGUGAUCGCCGGCAACAACAGCGUAAACUGCACCAGCAAAACAGCAGACAGCAGCGCAAACUGCAACGGAAGGGCCUCCGACAGCAGCAGAGGCGCAGAGAGCGGCGCCAACUACGGGAGCAGCAGAAACUCCAGCAACAGCAACGGCGACAGCUACGGCGCCAGCGCCAACUACAGCAGCAGCAGAAGCGUAGGCAGCAGCGACAGCUUAGGCUUCAACGACAGAAACAGCAGCCUGGCCAGCAGCAUGAGCAGCAGCGCCAAGGAGGAGGUGGAGCCCUCGAUGGAGGCGCUGGUCCCGGGCUCGCUGGCGCUGCCCGAGAACACGGUCGAGGUGCACUUCAUCCCCGACUCCGAGAGCAGCGUCGUGCGCAUCCCGGGCCGCGGCGACCUCCUGCAGCUGCGCCACCACGGCCGCGUCAUCACACUGCCGGUGGCGCCCUCGGGCGUGGCCGUAGGCGACCAGGAGAAGACGGACAUGGUGGCCCCGGUCAGCCAAUACGCCUUCAAAAGCAGCCCGCAGGAGGCCCCCGUGGACUUCAGCCCAGGAGGGCCUCGGGGGGACCCGCUGCUGCCGAGGGCCGCCCCGCUCGCGCCUGCGUCGCCUGCAGGCAACGUGUCCGUCGACUCCGGCGUGCUGGACGUGUCCGGCGGAAGCAGCAGCAGCGAGAGCCUGGGGCUGCCGUCGGCCGAGCUCUUCCGCAGCGACGAGGACCUCAGCGGCGCCGACCUGGCGGCCCCGAUGGCUCCCGCGCGCCUGCCCAGCAUCGAGAGCGCCUUCAGCCGCGUCGGGGAGGCCUUCCGGGGCCCCGACGACACCGGCGCGGAGCCGCCCCCCGCCCACACCUCCGAGCCACCCCCGCCCGCCCACUCUACCGAGCAGUCCCCAUCGUACGCUACACUAAGAACGGUCACCUCCGUGUCGUCCUUCACUCCCUACCCGCCGCAGUCGACGCCCCUCCCGUCGCCGCCCGCCCCCGUCAGCCUCCCGUACGCCCACGAGUCCCUGUACGUCGACGCCAUGGGCUCCCUCGGCCAGUACCAGACCAUCAGUCCGCCCGGAGGCCUUCUCACGCCCACAGACUCGGUCCACAGCCACCUCAUGCCGCCCAUUCACAACUACCCGCCCGAAUAUGCAUUGAGAUACGCGGAGCACCCACCGAUGACGGGCACGAACGGCGGCCUGGCGCUGGCGUACCCCCACGGGGCCGUGCCCAGCGGCUGUAGUUUCAGCAGGGGAGUCCCUCGACCCUCGUCCUCGGCGUCCUCGCCCUCCUCCUCAGCCAUCGGGAUGAACAUGAUCGGCAACGGCGGGUGUCCCCGGACGGGCCCGGGGUCGCGCGGGGGGCGGGCGCGGUCGCAGCGCGUGCACGAGAAGCUGUCCCGGGAAGAAUACAAAAAGUCCGCGUGCGACCGCGAGCGGCAGCGAAUGCGGGACAUGAACAGCGCCUACGACGUCCUGCGGGACCGCCUGCCCUUCUCGAAGCCGCCGGGGAAGAAGUGCUCCAAGAUGGAUAGCCUCAGUGGGAGAGAUCGCUUCCCUUCUAAGUUGGAGACGUUGAGACUUGCCAUCCGGUACAUCCGCCACCUCGUCAACCUGCUCUCCGUCCCGGCCGGCAGCAUCUACCCCGAUUACGACCCGCCGCCCUACAACGUGUCCUCCGUCCCGACGAACCUCCGCCUGCAGCACCGCAUCUACUCGCACCCGCCGUCCACGGUGUCCACGGACUCGCACGCCCCCGCCAGCAUCGCCCUCUACACCUCCGCCGCGCACGGCCUGGAGGGGAUCGAGUACCAGUACAUGCCACAGGGCCUGACCACGUCAACCCUCUCCCACGCCGACUACCUCAGGGACUCCAUCUGGCAGACGGAGACGCCCCUCGCCGAAUAUCAGUACUGAAGGCGCCCUUCACAUUACCCCAAGCGGCUACUGGGGGGCACAAGGCGAAGGUCCUUACAUUCACAGUGAUUGCUCAAAAAAUCCUAGUUUUCUAGGAGAAGAGUCUUUCCUUAUCAAAGUAUUUUCGCAUUUUUUCCCGAAGACAAAAGACCUCCUUGUCUCUAGGCGGAGAAGUAACUUGGGUAAUAUUUACGAGCUAGUCAUUUUCCAAACCAAAGUGCUCUUUGUAUCGCUGAGGAACGCAGGAGGGGAAGUAACGAGGGAUCAGAAGCCUGCCAAAGAGGAAGACGGAAGUCAUUUGAAAAUCCGUCCGUGAUAAGGAAAAGGGAAUUAAGUAUAACAAGAGUGUCGUGUGAACUAGUUAAUCCUCACGAGUUUUCUUUAAAUGAAUGCAGUGUAUAUUCUUGAGUGCAAGAUCACACACAGGCCCUCAGCUUUGAGGACAGAAACGUUAUCUUUAUGUUAUGAUAUUGAGAGUACUUUAUAUAUACACCAAUGUAAGGUUCAUACAAGUAGACUGUAUAUGUGGUUUACUUGUUCAGCACUAUUGUUAUAAUCUGAGAAUAGAAAACUUGUACUUAUACCUGGGAAAAUCUAUUCUUUUGGAAAUUCAUGUAUAAAGAGAGAUCCCUGUAAUAUUUAUUUGGCAGCGUGUGUUUUAAGCUUUGUGAGCAGGAAAAUCGUUAAUUAGAGGAGGCCUGCGUCCUUCAUGAGGCCAUUUGUAGGGAGCGAGCCAGCAAAUGGGAUAUUUCCUCCAUGAUACUAGAGGCCUAGAUAAUGAAGACCCUCAGCGAUUUUGAAACCAAAAACCGAAAACCCGAUGAGAAUUUCACUGUAAAAGGGUGGUCUGAUACGCCAUCGUCUCAUUGGAUUGCUUGAUGACCAAAGAAAAAGUCUUUUCGUUAGAAUGUUGCCUUAUUUUCAUCUCGACUGUUUUAGACGGAAGAGAAUGUAAGAGUGCCAUGCUGGCUCGAUCCGUAUACUGUUAUGCGAUGUAUCAGACGCGCUUUGGACGAGCCCUUUGGAGUAAAACACAACUUCACUAAACAGAGCAUGGUUCUUAAGUUAGAAAAAAAUAAGGAUAGCUACUAAAUCCGAGGGUAGGUAUAUUCUCAUAUUAAGUAUGUUAAGGAAUCCGAAAGUCAUAAUUCUUUUCGAAAGCUGUCGACAAGCUCUACUCUACUUUAGUUAUAAUGUAAUUUUAUUUAAUUUGUGCUUUACACUCACCGAAGACAGUAUACUAAUAAGAGAGUACAUUUUUCUAUAUUUCUAGUCAUACGCCGACCAAAGUACACGUCUCUGAGCGCUUGUUUUGAUGUUCGUUAUUGGCUCAAUCCGCUAGCACGUCCAAAAAGAUACCCUUUUUGACGAAUAUCUGAAAAAAACUGAUAUUUUGCCAUUUUACUUUAUUUUUGUUUUAAUUAUCUCUUACUACAACUACGAGAGUCUAUAUAGAUCAAAGACUAAAUAAGCCUAUUUUUUUCUUUUUCUUGCGUAGUCUUUGAUGUAAAUAUACUUAUGGGCUGAACCGUCUCCUCUGUCUGCUGACGACGCGGUGGGCCCCUUAUCGUUAAGUUAUGUGUACCUGUUGUGGAGAGAUUGGGUGACUAGAUUAUAAGUGUAAUAUUCGGUAGUCCAUAUUUACUUUUGUGUUUGUUAUGUUAUUUGUUCAGUAAAUGAA